AUGGGGGAAGCUUCUCAGAGCAACCACCCUUAUAGCCCCCUUGGCUGCCAGAACCUUUCUCUGCAGUGGAGGACAAGAGUCCCACUGCUCGAUGUCCAGCAGCAGGUGGCCGUAGUGGCAGACUGGCCAGCAGAUGUGGCUGGUGGGCCCUCAGAUAUUGUCAUUCUUUUGGUGGCCAGCUUUGAUAAAGUGAUGGACAGAAGUAACUCCACAAUAUCUCUUCCACUGAAUGCUCAAUAUGCUUCUUAUAAGAUAACUCCAGGGCAGCAGGACCAGCUGAUGAAGCAGCAGAUGGAGCAGUUGCAAAGGCUGGUGGCUGAACAGCAGAAAAUCAUUGCACUUUACAACCCAGAUAGCAGUCAGUUAAAAGAAGGUUUCUCUGAAGCUUUUUCUGCUGCCAAAGAAGAACAAAGAGAACAACUAAAGGAGGAGAUUUCCCCAUCUCUCUUUGGCAUAGAGGGGAAGAUAAAGACUGGAAGCAUAGAAGACAGGCCAGUCACACCAGCAAUCGGCAUUAGACAGAAGACUUCUGAAAAAUUUGUUGAAGAGCAACUUAAAGCAGACAAUCAUCUCAUAGAGAAACAGCACAAGGAGCAACAGAGCAAGGCAAAAAUAACAUCUCUAAAGGUUUCUCUGAAACGAAAAGAAGUCAUGGCAAGGUUCAAAAAAAUUAAAGAGAAGACUGUAAAAGAAGACAGCAAGCAUUCCAGAAGAGCUGGGUUGAAUCACUGGGAUAAUUUCUUCCAGUCUGGCCAAGUGAACACAGGUAUACUGCAGCUGGGGGAAUGCCCUCAGUUAAAUCUGCAGGUCAGUAACUCCAUACGGAGGGAUACACAUGAAAAAAAAGCAGACCGUGCUUUAGCUGAGUGGGAGAUAAAGACUGACUGUGAAGCAAAAGUAGUUGAGCGAAAUGCAGAAGAAAAAGAAGUCUUUGGGGCAGACGAAGACUCAAAGGAAAAUCCUGUUGACUCAUCCCAGAGAAGAUGGCCUGAAAUCCUGCAACCAUGUCCUGAAACAAUGACAGGAAUGAACCUACAAGUGGGUGAGGAAAGAGAAACUCAUCAUAUGGAUUCUCUAGGACAAGCAGGCAGAACUGAUGGAAGACCUUUGGAGAGUACCCUGACAAAGGACCUAGGUAGGGUGGAUCAGCCUGUGAAGGGUCACCUCAUAGAUGGAGCAAAAACCCCCUUGGAAUUCCUGCAAAGGCAUUAUCCACUCCAGGAUUUAGAAACAGAUUGCAUCAAGGAGGCAGAGUGCGGUGGAGGCCCUGCAUUCACAUGGGGUCAGAAGUGGGUUCAGGUAUGCCCACAGGACCUUGUUUUGGGGAACCAGAACUCAGAAAGUGAAAGACAAAUCCAUACUGGGUUUAAGAUGGUCAAUGACAAGAUAAUAAAAAUUACAUGUCACUCACCUGAGGCUGCGGAGAAGGGAGGGUCAUCCUCAGCUUUGCAGCAAAAGUGGCAAAGGAAAGGAACAGUUGCCUCGACGUGGCAAGUUGCGUCUUUGUCCUGUGAGUCAAACUGCUCAUCUUGCAACAGUGACAAUAAUCCCAAAUCUCACCAUGUUCAGCAUCCCUCCCAGCAUGUGACUCAGAGAGUAGAUCACACUGACAGACAUUUGGAUCUCUCUGAUGGUCACUAUGCUAGUGAUGAGUCCAGUGGAACAGAAAAAAUGUCUGCUAAAAUGUACAGCAGAUCACCACCAAGAAAACAAGGUCUUCAAGCAAUCUCAGGACAGCAAAAUCUCUCCUGCAGCACAAGCAGCAGUGAUUCUAGUACUGGGACUGUCUGUCUGAAAGGGAGCAAGGCUCGCUCUUCUCUUCGGGAGUCCCCAUUUCAUCUUACAAGACUGAAAAGAAGAGAGCACAAGCCUGAAUCAAAGAAUGAGAAUAGGGACAGUGGUGUUAAAAGCCUACAUCUACCAUCCUCGAGAGUGGCUCAUGAGAUUCCUAUUUUCAAGAUUAAGGAAAUCCCUGAAGUGGAGGAACUACAGAAAAAACUGUUUACGGACACAUUAGAUUUCUUUACAGAAGAAACCCAGAACAUCCUUAGCAGAGGAUUAGAGACUGGUAAUAACAGUGGAACCCCUUCACUGACUGUGGUGAAUGAAAAUGAUGAGAAAACAAUGCAUUUUCACAGAACACGGAUAGACCAGCCCAAGACUGUCAGGAGCCAGGAGCUGACUCACACCUUGGAACACAAUAGAGAUCAAACUCACUCACUGCAGAAAGGAAAAAUUGCCCAGAGCAAGUUCAGAAGAACAGCUAGAGUCACUGAAGAAAAUGUGAAAUCAGAAGAAAUACAAGCAACAGAUAGUUCUGUGCAAAGAGCUCAUCCUUUGAGAUCAGUGACAAAAGAACAUCAAGAAAAGAAACCAUCUAACUGCUCCAUUGAUAGAAGCACACCAACUAGCAGGAGAACACUUAAUCAGGGAAAACUGACGCCUUUAGAACCAGAAAAAGUUGUACAUCAGCCCUCUCCUACUGGAGGAAAAACAGAUAGUAGAAAAUCACCUGGAGCUGUCUCACAUGUAACUGGUCUUUUCAAGGAGCCUAACUCAUCUUCCUGUGUAAAAGGCAUGCCUUUGCCAGUUUCAGAUAGCUCAGAAGACAUGUCCCUCUCACAUAACCAUAGCAAUGACACUUGCAGCUUUGUACCCUGCAAUAACAACGAAGAAAGAGAGCCUCCAAAAUUAUCUGGAAGGUCAAUGUUGAAUCAAGAAAGAAGAAAGAGUGAGGAAGAGGUGCAGGAAAAAAUAGAGUAUUGUGAUGGAAAGGUAGAAGAGGUGCUUACCGAUGGACGUGGAAUCCUCACUUUCCGCAAUGGUACUAGAAAAGAGAUUAGUGUUGAUAAAAGGACAACAACAAUUAGCUUUUCCAAUGGAGAUGUAAAGAAGAUCAUGCCAGAUCAGAGAGUGAUUUAUUAUUAUGCAGAUGCACAGACAACCCACACUGCUUAUCCAGAUGGUCUGAAGGUGCUGCAGUUCCCUAAUAAUCAGAUAGGUAUGCAAGAGCUCAUAAGCGUGAACGAAAAACAUUAUCCUGAUGGCACACAAGAAAUUGUGUUCCCAGAUCACACAGUGAAGUGCCUCUAUAGUGACGGACUGAAGGAAACUUUUUUCCCAGAUGGCACAGUAGUAAAAGUAGAAAAGAAUGGAGAUAAAAUAGUGAUAUUCAGUAAUGGCCAGAAGGAGAUUCACACUGCACAGUUCAAGAGGCGGGAGUACCCAGAUGGCACCGUGAAAACUGUGUACUGCAACGGCAGACGGGAAACCAAGUACUCCACUGGACGAGUUCAAAUCAAAGAUGAGGAGGUUGUGAAAGUGACUACAAUUCUGGACCAUGGCAUAAGAGCCUCAAGCAUACAGUUCAGUGCUGCCCUGCGCUGA